UAAGGGCUUGCUUCUCGAUUAUUCUAUUGUUGAACAGGCAGGACUUGGUUCAAUAGGCAGUGCAGCAUUAGAAAGGGAAAGAAAAAGGAAGAAAAAGCAACCAAAAUCAUCAUGGGUGGUGAGGAUGCUGCCUUCCAGGCGGCCGCUGCCAUUCUGAAUGGCCUCGCCAGAGAGACAGCGCCGACCGAUGAUUCCAGUGUUUCACCCAAAAGUAUUUCAAACGGUUUCGACCCGAAGAAGGUUAAGCUGCCUGGUGAAGCCACCGCUGGGAAAGCGGCGUUCGAGGCGGAGUUGCAGGCACUAAUCAGCCGUGUCAAUGGACUGGAAACAGAAAUGCAGUCCAAGAGGCCCCGGAGAUCACGACGCCUUAAACGAAAAUACUCCAGAUCGGUAGACGAGAACGAUUCCGAGGAUGAAGACGAGGAUGAAGACGAUGAAAGUGACGACGAUGAGGUCGAUGGCGACGAGGAGGUUGAUCCUCGCCGUCGCCUCCUAGCGAACGACGCUGACGCUCUCCGUCAGAUCACCCAUCUACAUAACCACGUCAAAAAGCAGGCCGAGGAGAUAAGCGUACAGAAGACUAUCAUCGCCCGUGUCAGGGAUGAACUCCAACAACAGGAAGAGCAUACACGCCGUACUUUAGUCAAGGUAGAGCAUGAGGAUGUCGGGGUAUUAGAACGUGAACUACGGAAACAUCAACAAGCCAAUGAAGCCUUCCAGAAGGCGCUUCGUGAAAUCGGUGGAAUUAUUACACAAGUUGCCAAUGGUGAUCUCUCCAUGAAAGUUCAAAUCCACCCACUAGAAAUGGACCCCGAAAUCGCCACUUUCAAACGCACGAUCAAUACUAUGAUGGACCAGCUUCAAGUUUUCGGAAGUGAAGUGUCUCGAGUCGCCCGCGAAGUCGGAAUCGAAGGUAUCCUUGGUGGGCAAGCCCAAAUCACUGGCGUUCAUGGUAUCUGGAAGGAAUUAACAGAAAAUGUCAAUAUCAUGGCCAAGAAUCUUACGGAUCAGGUGCGAGAAAUUGCCACGGUCACGACAGCUGUCGCGCACGGUGAUCUCAGUCAAAAAAUCGAAAGCCGUGCCAAUGGUGAAAUCUUUGAAUUGCAGCAGACGAUCAAUACUAUGGUUGACCAACUUCGUACAUUCGCAACAGAAGUCACACGUGUCGCUCGUGAUGUCGGUACAGAAGGUGUGCUAGGUGGCCAGGCUCAAAUUGAAGGUGUGCAAGGCAUGUGGAAUGAAUUGACAGUGAACGUCAACGCAAUGGCCAACAAUCUUACUACGCAAGUGCGUGAUAUCGCUACAGUCACUAAGGCCGUCGCCAAGGGUGAUUUGACCCAGAAAGUCCAGGCAAACUGCAAGGGUGAACUUGCAGAACUAAAGAAUAUUAUCAACUCCAUGGUGGACCAACUACAACAGUUUGCUCAGGAAGUCACCAAGAUUGCCAAGGAGGUCGGCACAGACGGUGUUCUUGGUGGUCAAGCCACUGUGCAUGAUGUAGAGGGUACAUGGAAGGAUUUGACCGAGAAUGUGAACAGAAUGGCCAACAAUCUUACCACUCAAGUCCGUGAGAUUGCUGAUGUCACUACCGCUGUCGCAAAGGGAGACUUGACCAAGAAGGUCACGGCCAACGUCCAGGGCGAAAUGUUGGAUCUCAAAAACACAAUCAAUGACAUGGUGGAUCGUCUCAACAAGUUCGCUUUUGAAGUGUCCAAAGUGGCUAGGGAAGUCGGAACUGAUGGAACACUCGGCGGUCAGGCCAAGGUCGAUAAUGUCGAGGGUAAAUGGAAAGAUCUCACUGACAACGUCAACACGAUGGCGCAAAAUCUUACUUCUCAAGUGCGAGGUAUCUCCGACGUGACGCAAGCUAUUGCCAAGGGUGACCUCAGCAAGAAGAUUGAAGUUCAUGCCCAAGGAGAAAUGCUGACUCUAAAGGUUACCAUCAAUAACAUGGUUGACCGUCUAGCUAAAUUCGCCACGGAAAUAAAGAAGGUCGCUCGUGACGUCGGUGUCGAUGGAAAGAUGGGUGGUCAAGCCAACGUGGAAGGUAUUGCUGGUCGAUGGAAAGAAAUUACAGAGGACGUCAACACAAUGGCCGAAAACUUGACAUCACAGGUCCGUGCCUUUGGCGAAAUUACCGACGCCGCUACUGAUGGUGAUUUUACCAAACUGAUUACUGUCAAUGCCUCUGGAGAGAUGGACGAACUGAAGCGAAAGAUCAAUAAGAUGGUGUCAAACCUGCGUGACAGUAUUCAACGUAAUACAGCUGCUAGGGAGGCCGCUGAGUUGGCCAAUCGUACAAAGUCAGAAUUCUUGGCUAAUAUGAGUCACGAAAUUCGAACGCCUAUGAACGGUAUCAUUGGCAUGACCCAACUCAGUUUGGACACCGAUGAUCUUAAACCCUACCCACGGGAAAUGUUGAACGUCGUCCACAACCUGGCCAAUAGUUUACUAACUAUCAUUGAUGACAUUCUCGAUAUCUCCAAAAUCGAAGCUAAUCGGAUGGUUAUUGAAAGUAUUCCAUUCACAGUCAGAGGCACGGUGUUCAACGCCUUGAAGACUUUGGCAGUCAAGGCCAAUGAAAAGUUCUUGAACUUGGCGUACCAAGUUGAUAGCUCUGUUCCCGAUUAUGUUAUCGGUGACCCGUUCCGUCUUCGUCAGAUUAUUUUGAACUUGGUUGGAAAUGCUAUCAAGUUUACUGAGCAUGGUGAAGUCAAACUCACAAUCAGCAAGUCCGAGAGAGAGCAAUGUGCUUCAGACGAGUAUGCUUUUGAGUUUUCUGUUUCCGACACUGGCAUUGGUAUUGAGGAAGACAAACUCGAUCUUAUCUUCGAUACCUUCCAGCAAGCAGAUGGGUCGACUACCCGUAGGUUUGGAGGAACUGGACUUGGUCUUUCGAUUUCAAAACGCUUGGUCAACUUAAUGGGUGGUGAUGUCUGGGUUACAUCAGAAUAUGGACAUGGUAGUACCUUCCACUUCACCUGCGUCGUCAAGCUAGCAGAUCAAUCCUUGAGGGUCAUCAGCUCUCAGCUCGUUCCCUACAAGAAUCAUCGUGUGCUUUUCAUUGAUAAGGGACACACGGGUGGGCACGCUGAACAAAUCACUCAAAUGUUGAAGCAACUGGAUCUGGAACCGCUCGUUGUCACAGACGAAGACGAAGUUCCUCCGCCCGAGAUUCAUGAUCCUUCAGGGAAAGAAUCGGGGCAUGCCUACGAUGUCAUUAUCGUGGACAUGGUGGACACUGCGCGCAGCUUGCGUACAUAUGAUGAGUUCAAAUACAUACCUAUCGUCCUCCUUUGCCCAGUUGUGUCUGUGAGCCUGAAGUCUGCUCUCGAUUUGGGUAUUACAUCUUACAUGACUACGCCUUGCCAGCCCAUUGACCUCGGCAACGGAAUGCUUCCAGCACUGGAAGGCCGAUCAACACCUAUCACAACGGAUCAUUCCCGAUCAUUUGAUAUCCUCCUUGCGGAAGACAAUGAAGUCAACCAGAAAUUGGCUGUCAAGAUCCUCGAGAAAUGUAACCACGGGGUUACUGUUGUAGGCAAUGGUCAAGAAGCAUUGGAUGCUAUCAAGGCACGCCGAUACGACGUCAUUCUCAUGGAUGUACAAAUGCCUGUCAUGGGUGGUUUCGAAGCCACAGCUAAUAUCCGAGAAUACGAGCGAGAGAACAACUUAUCUCGGACACCAAUCAUUGCCCUUACUGCCCACGCAAUGUUGGGAGAUAGGGAGAAAUGCAUCCAGGCUCAAAUGGACGAGUACCUGUCCAAGCCUCUGAAACAGAACCAGAUGAUCCAAACGAUUCUUAAGUGUGCCACGCUUGGUGGCAAUUUCUUAGAAAAGAACAAGGAAUCUCGUCUCUCGGGAUCUGCUGAAGGCCAUCUGCCUCCUGGCCACCACCAUCACGACGGUCGGCCCCAACGACCUGGAAUGGAAGGCCGUGCUAUCACCGCCUCGGCACCUAUGAUAAAGGGAGGUGCUGAGAGCACGUCUACUGAAAAAGAGCAGGAAGCUGAAGUAGAAAGGGUAUGUAAUUCGAUCCCAGUGGUUUGAUACCGCUCUAACAGGUUGAUCAGCAAAAGCUGUUACUACGGUCUCACAGCAGCUGAUUUGAGAGGAAAACUCUUCAACUCCUAUGAGCAGCUACUAAGGAAG